AUGGCUCGGCUGCAGGCAUACCACCGGCUGGCAGUACAGCACAUGCACAUGGCCGACUUCCUACUGGUCUAUAUAGAGGAGGCUCAUCCUUCUGAUGGCUGGGUGAGUACAGACUCAUCUUACCAAAUCCCCAGGCACCAGUGCCUCCAGGACCGGCUGAAGGCUGCCCAGCUGAUGGUGCAGGGUUUGCCAGGCUGCAGGGUGGUGGUGGACUCAAUGAGCAAUGCAUCCAAUUCUGCCUAUGGGGCUUACUUUGAGAGGCUCUAUGUCAUCCUGGAGGGCAAGGUGGUGUACCAGGGAGGCAGAGGACCUGAGGGGUACAAGAUCUCUGAGCUAAGGAGCUGGCUGGAACACUAUGAGAGGCACCCAAGGGACACUAGCCCUGUUGUGAUCCAGAUCUAA